AUGAGCGAGGUAAGUGUCAAGGAGUAUAUUUCGCAGCAAGAGGCGCUGGAGCGGCAGGCUAGAGAGGCAAUGCCAGGGGACCCAACGAAAUGCACGUACUCCAUGGGGCCGCUAAGACAGCCGAUAUUUGCAUGCCGGACAUGUGGCGAUAUCGGGGUCUGCUACUCGUGUUCCAUACAGUGCCACACGGAGUGCGACUUGGUCGAGCUGUUCGAGAAGAGGCAGUUCAGCUGCGACUGUGGCACGGAAAGACAGAAGUCUGCAGAGAAGACGUGUAAGUUGAGGGAAAACAGCACUGCUGACAUCCCCGAUUACUCAAAUCGGUACGGGCAGAACUUCAAGGGUCUCUUCUGCUGGUGUGCGCGGGAGUAUUCGCCGGAGAAGGACGCGGUGAUGGUGCAGUGCCUGCUCGGCCUCGAGUGCAACGAAGACUGGUACCAUGACCACUGCAUAAUGGGAGUCCGCGAUGAUCCAGACAGUGCUGAUGCAGAGCGCGAGCUGCCGGGCUUUCCUGCACUCGACACAUUUGCCGCGUUUAUCUGCUGGAAUUGUGUCCAUAAAUAUGAGAUGCAGUUCAAGCGCCUGCUCGCUCAUGAGCUAGCUGAUCAGCUUAUUGCAGACACGGUCGACUGGAUUCCAACAGACACGCCGGCCGAGCGCGCAGCACUUUCGGACGCUGAUCGUGCUAUGCCAGGUGCGGCGGGGUCGAAGCGCAAGGCCGCAGACCAGAUUUACUCUAUUUUCUUGAAGGAGGGCUAUUCCGCAGUGCUUGAGCGCGUCAGAGACUCGCUACCCCCAGGCGACAAGCUCAGAAUCUUUCUGACUGAUAUUGCACCGUUUCUAAUCCAUGAGGACCCGGUUUACGAGCCUCCAGAAGACUCUGACCCCGUAUCCUCGUAUGAGGCUGCCUCUCGCGCUCUGGACAUGGUGAGCCACGAGCGCGCGCUCAAUGGCAUCCUGGCAUACCAGGCGUUCAAGACGAAGCUUUCGGAGUUCCUACAGCCUUUCGCAGAUACCGGAAAGGUAGUCAAGGAAGAGGAUAUCAAGUCUUUCUUUCAGGCGCAAAAGGAGCCUCCAGAGGACUCAUCGUAA